UUCGCCUGCCGGCUCAGCUCAGUUGAUCGUGAACUUCGCGGGCGAUCAGUAAUUUGUGGUGUGUUUUGUUAAAAAAAAAGUUAGUGUUAGUAUGUUACCAGUGAAAUCAGCUGUCCUAGCGCUGGGACUGAUCCUGACGGUGUUGCUUCCCGCCGGUCAGAGUCAACAGACGACCAAGGUUCUGUGCUACUACGACGGGGCUAACUUCCUGAUCGAAGGCCUAGGCAAAGUCACGUUAGGCGACAUCGAAACCGCAGUUCCAUUCUGUACGCAUUUGGUUUACGGUUAUGCUGCUGUCGAUUCGGACUCCUCCAAAGCCGUUUCUCGCAAUCCGAACUUAGAUCUGGACACCGGAAAGGGCAACUAUCGGCAGGUGACGCAGCUGAAGCGUAAAUUCCCAGCCCUCAAGGUACUGCUAGGAAUCGGCGGGUACCGAUUCUCCGCUCCGUCUCCCAAGUAUCUGGAACUGCUGGAGUCCGGUGCUUCACGGAUCACCUUCAUCAACAGUGUUUAUUCGAUAGUUAAGACUUACGACUUCGAUGGAAUUGAUAUAGCCUGGCAGUUCCCGCAGAACAAACCGAAAAAGAUCCGCUCCACCACCAGUAAGCUGUGGCACGGAUUCAAGAAAGUGUUCAGCGGGGACCAGGUGCUGGACGAGAAAGCCGAUGAGCAUCGCGAAGAGUUCACCGCUCUGCUGCGGGAGCUGAAAAAUGCAUUCCGAUCUGACAACUACCAGCUGGGAAUUACCGUGCUGCCCCAUGUUAAUGCCACCGUUUUCAUGGACAUUCCCGCCAUCAUUAACUAUUUGGACUUUGUGAGUAUUGCCGCCUACGAUAUGCAAACCCCACAACGCAACCCCAAGGAAGCUGAUUUCUCCGCUCCACUAUACGAGCUGAACGAUCGAGUACCCGGAAAUAAUGUGGAUGGAUUGGUUAGGGUGUGGUUAAACAGCAACGCACCGGCUUCUAAACUGAUAGUAAGCAUUCCCACUCAUGGUCUCGGGUGGAAGCUGACGGAAGAUUCGGGAAUUACGGGAGUUCCACCGUUGGCAGCCGAUGGCGCUGGACCCGCCGGACCGCAACUGCAGCAGGAUGGAUUCUACAAUUGGGCUGAAACUUGCGCUAAACUUCCAAAUCCCAGCAACACCGGUCUGAAGGGAGCGGAUGCUCCCCUACGUAAGGUUGGCGAUCCCACCAAACGAUUCGGAACGUAUGCGUUCCGUCUGCCGGACAGUAACGGGGAAAAUGGUCUGUGGGUUUCGUACGAAGAUCCAGAUACGGCUGGUAACAAGGCUGGAUACGUGAAGGCGAAAGGUCUCGGUGGUAUCGCUAUCGUCGAUUUGGCGUACGAUGAUUUCCGCGGUACUUGCGCUGGGGAGAAGUAUCCUAUUCUGCGCGCCGCGAAGUAUAGGCUGUAAGCGCAGGAGGUUUAAGUUUAGUUUUAUGUGAAACACAGUCAGUCAAUACCGAUAUUUCUGUUUAAAACGUUAAAAUUGUAAAUGAAUGCAUCAACUGUUAA